AUUGUCUCUGCGAAGCAAACUCUUCUUCCCUCUCUCGUCUCUCUUUUUCUCUCUCUCCCUCUGUCACUUUCUCUGCUGUUUCCUUUUUAUCAAGCGACUGGGCCAUGGCCUUUUAGCUCGUGAAGAAGACUCCCCCGGAGGAUUCUCCUUCACUGUGAUCAUCGACCUGUUUAGGGUUUUUCUCUGCUUUACUCUCUCUCUGUCUCUGUGCUGUGUUCUUUGACUCCGCCUCCAACUGUGGAGCUGCUUCCAUGGCGGUCUUGCCCAUCAAUUCCCUCCCCCUGGGGUUCCGGUUCCGGCCGACCGAUGAGGAGCUGGUGGAUUACUACCUUCGGCUGAAGAUCAACGGGAACGUCAACGAGGUCCGGGUCAUCAGGGAAAUCGACGUCUGCAAAUGGGAGCCCUGGGACUUACCCGAUUUGUCAGUAAUACCGACGAAGGACCCAGAAUGGUUCUUUUUCUGUCCAAGGGACAGGAAGUACCCGAACGGGCAUAGAUCGAAUAGGGCGACAAAUGCCGGUUACUGGAAAGCCACAGGCAAGGACAGGAGAAUAAAGUCUGGGACCAACUUGAUCGGGAUGAAGAAGACGCUGGUCUUCUACACGGGUCGGGCUCCCAAGGGUCAGCGGACUCAUUGGGUUAUGCAUGAGUACCGUGCCACGCUAGAGGAGCUCGACGGCACCCACCCUGGCCAGGGAGCUUUUGUCCUCUGUCGUUUGUUCAGGAAGAAUGACGAGACCCUUGAUGGUUCAAACUGUGAUGAUGCUGAAGUGGCGCCUUCCUCUCCAGCAGCCAAAUCUUCCCCUGAGGACACUGAGUCCGACCUAGUGAUAGCUCAGGAGAGCCCUCCUCUGCCGAAGAAGGAGGGACCCUUGCCCGAUAGUUGUGAUGCAGAAAAAAGGGCCCCGGAAGCAACUACACAAGCUGAAGAUUGGCACCUCCCAGGAGACUCAACGCUAGACCCUCUUUUCUCGGUGCCGCCGAUUCAGAUGAAAACAGAGCAGCCAUCUCCUGUAAUGGAGCCUGCAGUCAAUAACGAACCAUGUGAUGAUGCAUACAUAACUGAGUUCUUGGACUCUAUCUUGAAUAGUGACUGUGACUUCUCAUGUGAUUUAGCUACCCCUGAUUUGCCUGUUGGCAAUGAAGAUGGAAUCAACCCAAUCCCGACUGAGGAUGCCGCAUUGAAUGGACAGCAGAUUGGAUGCAAAUCAGAGGAUCAUGGCUGGUCUAAUGUGAACGUUUCUGGUCGGAAUGAAGGCUCAUUACCAAGAGACUUUGAGAUGGUAACAUUCCAGUCAGGUGUAUCAUCCCAGUCAGCUGUUGAUGAAAAUAACGGCAUUGGACAGAUUAGCAUGUGCGAAGAUCCCACUCGAACUGAUGGUGGAGAUGUAUUUGCAACUGGAAUCAGGGUUAGGUCUCGGGAGUCACAGGUCCCACCUCCAUGGCUUAACUCGAAUGCACAGGGCACAGCACUGAGAAGAAUGCGGCUGCAGCGGAAGAUUCAGAUCGGGCCUGUCUUUUGUGGUGGGCAGUUCGUGAAGCUCCCUAACCAUGGAGACAAAGACACAGGUUUGAAGUCAGAUAUUAUGGAGUUGAACGUUCUGGAGGAGAAGGUGUCGGGCAAGCUAUCUACUGGUCCCCUUACUGGGAAGUCUCCCAGCACUCCAGCUGAAAAACUUAAAGAAGAGAGUGAGAUUUCGCAAGAAUUCAAUAAAACGCGAGAUUCGAGAUCAAGUAGCAAGGUUUCACUGUUUCAGAAGGUUCAUCCAGUGCACUUGGUGAGAUCGAAGCUCACUCUCUUCCGGGUAUGCGCUAUGCUGGUCUUCUUUGUCAGCUUGCUCGGUGUCCGGAAAUAUGUGAAGUUGUAGUAGUAGUACUAAGUCCCUUUACGGAGUAUGAUGGCUCCUCGGUGCGGUGAGCACCAGGUUUUUGGGUUACUGAUGAGUAGAGACUAGAGUUUCUGUAGCUUUUGUUCAUAACGUAUCUGAGUUUUGUGUAGAGAUCCUCAGACUGCUAGCUAUAUUUGUUCAUAUUUAUAUAUAUGCAUAUAUAUUCUAAUAGCCGGUCCUCCA